UAACCUCAAUGAAAACAUAUCACCUCUAGCUAGACGGCUAGUUAGACCUGUCCGCGCAAAAAUCACCCGACAGCACGAAACCCGCAGCCGGUUACUUCGACACGUGCAUGAACUGGGAUGUCUGCAGCCGACUGGUACGCCCACAAAUCGCUGGGAGACGGACUCUUCUGGAUCCAGGAGCGAUUCUACCAGUCAGAGAACCGGGCCAACAUCUGGCUGCUCCGCGGCUCACACCAGGACGUGGUCAUAGACACAGGUCUGGGCUUGAGGAGCUUACCGGACUACAUCGACGUCAAGGGGCUGCUGGGCGAAGAUCCGCAGAGGAAGAACCCGCUGCUGGCCAUCGCCACCCACGCCCAUUUCGACCACUCGGGCGGGCUGCAUCAGUUCCAACAGGUGGGCGUCCACAGCGCCGAGGUCGAUGCGUUGGCCAACGGAGACAACUUCGAGACGGUCACCUGGCUCAGCGACAGAGAGAUAGCGGAGUCCCCCAGUCCGGGAUGGAGGGCAAGGCACUACAAAGUCAAGGCUGUGCAGCCCACACACAUCCUGCAGGAGGGUGAUGUCAUCAACCUGGGUGACAGACAGCUGACAGUGCUCCACAUGCCCGGUCACUCUCGGGGCAGCAUCUGCCUCCACGACCGUGACAAUAAGCUGCUCUUCAGUGGAGAUGUGGUGUAUGACGGCGCCAUGAUUGACUGGCUGCCCUACAGCCACGUCAGUGACUACAUCAGCAGUUGUGAGCGGCUGGUGGGGCUGGUGGACAGUGAACAGGUUGACCAAGUCCUCCCAGGACACUACAACACCUUUGGUGCGAAGCGACUCCAUCGGAUUGCAACCACGUAUAUCAGCAGAGCUGGGACGUGUCCUGCAAAGUUCUCCACAUUUGCCUGGGGUACUCUGGCUGGGGUGGCGCUGCGGGCAUUCAACCCACGGAGUGCCUGCUGAUGAGAGGGGAUCAUGGAGCUGGAGGGAAGCACAAGUGCAGAAAGAAAGAUGUUAAAAUAUGGAGGGGGAGACAGCCCUUAUUUAUCUGUAACUUCAUGUAACCUUGUUCAUUUACUUAUGUAAUCCAACAGAAAUCAAAAAAUUGCCAAACUUUGUGUAAAAUGUCCGAUUGGGUUACAUAAGUCAAUAAUCAGCAUCAUAUGAAGCAUAUAAUAUAAAGUAUUUAUAGUGUGAUUCUCUUCUAUACUUAUCAAUAUGUAUUUGUUGGGUUGUAUAUGAUUAUAUUGUUUGAUUUUUAUACUUUAAGCAGUUGUGAAUCUAUAAUAGCACAACAAUGGUACAACUCUGCACUGCAAACAGAAAGCAGAUUCAGUAUGGCCAUAGUAUUUCUCUAUGCAUUUUACAAUGCUCAGUGAAGGCUCAGAGUCGACUACCUCCUACGUUUGUAACAGUGCUUUGUACUAUUGACAAAUCUAUGGCUUUGGUAUGGAAACAUUGACAAUAAAGCCUCUGUUCU